AUGGUCUCUCAUGAUGUGCGUAAGGGGAGAUCGGCGGUGACGGUGCUGCUCCUGGUAGCCGUCCUGGCUGCUAGCAGUGGAGCGGUCUUGGUUCGCUUGGCCCAUGGUCUGCCGCCGCUGACAGUCGCGUUUUGGCGAACGGGUCUCGCAGCCGUCGCCUUGCUGCCUUCAUGGCGGUCUUUGGGCAGGAAAGACUCCGGCCUGGCAGGGCUGGCAGGGCUUGCCUUGGCUUGUCAUUUCUGGACCUGGUUCGCAUCACUGCAGCGGACUACAGUGCUUCGCUCCACCUUGCUCGUGUCAUCGACCCCUGUUUGGGCUGGACUUAUCGGGUGCGUCACAGGCCAGGACGUCCCUGGUUGGCGGUUCUGGUUCGGCGUCGGGAUCGCCACCGCAGGAGCGUGGUGCAGUGCUAACGCUGGUUUGACCGGUGGGGAUUUCCUUGGCGACCUCCUGGCACUGCUUGGGGCGAUGUUCUGCGCCAUAUACUUGUCGAUUGGGCGAGAUGUGCGACAACGUGUGGGCAUCGGCUGCUACGGCACUCGCAUUUGUGGAAGUUGUGCCACGUGCCUGGCCAUCGUCGCGGUCGUUACAGGAACCUCUUUGUGGCCGACUUGCGCACGCCAAUGGCUUGCAGUCUGUGCGCUCGCGGCCGGGCCACAGCUUACUGGGCACAUCGGCUUCAACUUUGCAUUGCAUCACUUGCCUGCAUGGACAGUCGCAGCUGCUGGCCUACUGGAACCUCUUGGAGCUACGCUGCUUGCUGCGUUGCUUCUCGGAGAGGUGCCCACUGCCAAUCAGAUCUUUGGUGCCGUCAUUGUCGUGGCCGGCCUUGCUGUCAUCUGA